UCUUUCUUGAUUUUAAAAUCAAGGAAAGGAUUUUUAAAAGGUUAAUGAGUUCAGAAUAGUACUUUAUUACAGUAUUAAGUGCCUAUGGAUUAAUUAAAUCCAGCUGAUAGAAAGGGAAGUGUGAAGCAGUGUUUGGAAGCAGAGGUAAAUAAGUACUGUCUAAGUUUUCCAAGCAGUCCAGUUUGCAUUCUCCUUUACUGCUCCUCUGUUUUUCAGUACUUGGAACUCUCAGCAGCAGAAACUGACCUUCAUACAGAAUUGUACAAAUGAUAUGACCUCGAUACAUGUUUUCUCAGGCCUAGAAUAAGACUAUUCAAGUCUGCUUUCAUGUGUGAUCUGUAGGAAGAUUUGAAUUUAUGUCUCCAUAUUGAAGCGGCUUGAGUUAUUCUAUGGAAUCAUCUAGUGCUUUAUUAAAUUAUUUUAGAAUGCAUUUAUCCACCUCAUGUCUGGUGAAUAUGGACAGAUGCAUGUCAAGCUUUCAGACUUGUUCACAUGAAAGAGCUCAUCCUAUUUACCAUGGAAAAACUCCUUUCUAAAAUGUAUUUCUGUGUAAUUAGUCAAUAUUGGGCUUUCCUCUUUUUUCCUUAGAGACAGGGCAGCAGCAGCAACCAGUCAGAUUACAGAAGAUAUCUUGGCACCCUCUCUGCAGCCCAGCAUCACUGCAGUCACUCAGUUCCCAGUUUGUCUGCCUCACAUGGCACUGGUCAUGAUGCAGUGCUUCUUUGAGGAAAAAGGGUAUAGGGUUUCCUUUGGAAAAAAAAAAAAAAAAAAGUAAUUUUUGAAAGGUCUAGGAAUUCGAGUAUUUUGAACUUUUUUCAUCACUUCAGGUCCAUGUCUGCUUGGACAGGAAAGAAAAUGGACAAGGAAAAGAAAAGAAAAGGUAGCUGUGCCAAUUCUCCUGAAGCAGACCCUGUCUUUCCCAAGGCAAAGUCUGUGAGAUCUGACAGAUCCAACUUCUUCAGAAGGUCAGGGGAUCAAUACUCCAGCACCAGAUCAGAGACCUCCUACACCAGGAGGAGGGCUAGGGAGUCGUCAGAGCUUACAAGGGUUAGUUCUGUCUCUGCUUCCCUCUGCCGAGAGGAGAAGAGAUCAGACGAAUGGAAGUACAGGCAUGGCUCUAGACAUCAUGCUUCUGAGCAACAGAUAAUGGGGUCGGAGGAGGGCUCAGAUUCUCAGGCAGGACAGCCAUCCCCUUUCCAGCAACCCCUCAGCUCCAGCUCAAUUCAUGGCUCACUGGCAAGGCAGCAUUCUUCUCUCCAGCACUGGUUCAGCCAGACCCCAGACUACAGCUCAGAUUCAGAAGACACUCAGAGUUCCUACCACAGGAAGGUAAGACCUUCUACUACUACUCACUUCUCUGAAUCUGAAAAGAAUUCAUUAAUGAAAUCUGUAAUUUUGCCUGAGCUAGCUACUGUCUUAAAAGAUGCUUUGACAGCAGCCAGACAAAGUAUAACUUCUGUGGCACAGGCUAGGGCCCAUUCAGUAAAGCAUCCCAGGGUACCAAUUACAGAAGUUCCAGUGGUUCCUCUAGAAGCAACUGGGAGCAGUUCCCAAAAUUUUGAGUCUGACCACAUGGACAGUUUAAAAGAUCAGACUCCUGGGAAGGAGAAAUCUGAGACUGACAAGACCUUGGAGGUUGAGUCAUCCCCUGAAGAUGGGGAGGUGUCAUCUGAGUCCCCUACAGAAGACCAAGAAGGACCAGAUCUUCUGCGUAAGUUUGACAUGGAGAAUCAGAAGUAUCUGUUCAAGCACAUAAAGAGAGUGUUGAUGCUAAAGUCUUCAAAAUCUGAAUGUGCUUCAGAAGAACUGCCUAUCCCUUCUGAAGAAGGCAAGGUAGAUAAUGCACUUCCUAUCCAUUCCGCAGUGGAAGAUCUUGUCUGUAGGAUUUGGGGUAAUCCUGAGGCAAAGCAUGAAGCCCCGGCAGUCCUACACAAGCUCUAUCCUCUUCCAGUGGAUAAAGCUGCUUUGUGGGGGACCUUGCCUCAGGUAGACAGGGCAUUGGUUAGUGGUGAUUCUGUACUCUCAGUGCCUGCUAAUAUGGAUGCUCUCCCUAAAGAUCCUACUGAUAGAAAGGUUGAGGAAGCAAUCAAAAGAUCUUUCAAGCUAGUUGCAGCCCAGCUUGGAGUAUCUAUCUACUGCACUUAUGCUUCUAGAGCAUUAGUAAUAUGGUUGCAGGAGGAGCGAGCCAGAUUCAGAAAGCAAUGGGUCCCAUCUGGUGCCAUGCAGAGGAAACGGAGGCUGUGUAAAAUUGCAGCUAAUUUUAUCCAUGAUGCAGCUGAGGAUUCUCUGAGGCUCACUGUUAAAAACAUGGCAUGCCUCACUGUAGCCUGGAGAGCUAUAUGGCUACGUCCUUGGACCUCAUCACUAGAUCUAACAUGUAAACUGCUGUCUUUACCAUACACAGGCGGCAAGCUAUUUGGUGAAUCUUUGGUUCAGAUCAUGAAGGAUUUCUCAGAACACAAACACUCCUUACGUCAGCUGAAAAAAAAGAGCUCUGUUGGAAGCUCUUCAUUUUCUUAUCCUCACAAGUGCCUCAGCUCCUUCCGUUCUCCUCCAAAGUUUAAAGGAGGGAAGGGAAAGUAUAAGGUCUCACAAUCGUUUCAUGCCAAGUACGAAAGGACAUCUCACUUUCAGAGAGAGACCAGACCAUCAAGAGGAACUUUCUAAGAACGCAGACUUGCUUCCUCCUUUCUCAGGAACUGGGAAGAGUGAAAGCCUUGGACAUUUAUACUGAAUAGACUUCAAUAUUUCUGGACAAGUAAGCCCAAUGCUUAGAAAAUCAGUUGUUUAAAAAUAAGAUUUAAAUUAUUAAAUUACUUUAAUCUUAAUGACUAAUUAAAAUCUUCUAGAGAAGUUACAGCUCUCGGUUUUAGGGGAGUUUUUUGUCACAUUCAAUUUCUAGGCUUCCCAGUAUUCUUGGGAUGGCUUGUACUUGUUUGAAGUUUUGCACUCUUCAACUUCCUCUAAGAGCAUACUUUCUGCAGAACCUGGCAACAUUACAUUUUCCUGCCAUAUCUAUCUAACGAAGGAAGUAUAUGCCUUAGGAAGCACAGGGGUUGCAGGAACCACAGAAUGACCACCGGGUACGCUAUGUUCCUGUGACCAGAGGCAUACCUGCACCUUUACGUAAUAAGAGAAAACUGCCUCUGGAGCAAACCAAUCGUGCUACAAUCACAGUGGUUUCCUCAGUCAUAGAAGACUGGGACAGUAAAUUGUGGACAGUCAAUGCUUACAUCAAGAAACUACAAGAAAUAACAAGAAGUACCACAAAUUUAUGUUUAUUUAAAUUCAAAGUAAAGACUAUCUAGAGCUCCUGUUCAAGUCAGUGUAGGGGUAUGAAUCAGCCUAAAUUUCCAUCCUGGGCCCUAAAUCAAGGGAAAUGAAGAAGUUAUGGCAUCUACAGACCUGUGGGUUCAUGGGUUUCUUAGUUAAUUUCACAAGAAGUAGGAAAGUGGAGCAUCUCAUUGCAGUCUGCAAAAUGUUCUUAGGAAGAUCAAACAAGACAAAGCAACUACAGUAGUAGGACUGCUAGUGUGGUAACGCAGGAUGUUUGCACGUUUUGUUGAAUUGUUUUACCUCUUUUCUUCAACAUUUUGACACACACAAUAUUUUUCCUAGAAAUUUUUGGAUAUGCUAUGAGAGACUUUCCGGAAUUGGUUGGUGAAGAGUUCUGAGAUUGCUAGAUAAUAGGUUACUUUUCCUUCUUGUUCUGGGUUGAUUAACAAUGAGAAUAUAGUUUGUAACUACAGUAUUUUUUUUUUUUUCUUUCGUAGUUACUCAAGUUUUCUGGCAGCUUAGGGUGUUUACAGGGGGACCUAGCAAUGAUUUGUGCCUCAGCACCAUAAUUCUAAGCUUGGUCGCUUCUAGUGCAAGAAAUGAUGUCAAUGGACUGCCUGCAGAAUUCUUGUCUCUGAAUAGUCCAAUUGGAUUUGGCAGUCAUCUUAUCAUGUCCUCAUUUACACACAUGUGCGUUCUUUGGUGGUUCUUAUUUUUAUUCUUGAACAUCUGUGUCACUGCUUUUUAAAUCAGUGCUUUGAUUUCCCUUUGUAUAAUUUUCCACCAGCAAUAGCAAAGGUGGAAAGUUGGUUGAAUUUCUGUCAAGCGGAUUUUUCUUUAAAAUUUUCACAAGGAGGAAGUCAGGUUCUCUGACUAACAACAGUUUUUUCAACCCAUUGCCAUUUAAAGCCAGAGCUUAAUCUCCCUGUUUUUCUGCUUCUGCCAGGAUCGAAGGUUGAGUGUUACAGAGAUGCUAAAGAAAAACCACUCAGAAAACUAAUACACAUGUGCUUACGUCUUAGCCAGAUUAGGAGUAGUAAAAUGUUUUGAAGCCUGGUUUGAUACAGGUGCAUAAGUGCAUAGGGAAAGCAGUUUUCAUCUGCACAGUCCUAUAAAUUUAGGAACAUGAGCAGAAACCUGUUAGGAAUUGGGACGGAGGUUCUCCUGGAGCGUGCAGGGAGCCAUAACGUAAGGUAUUUCUGUGGCUUAUACUUAAACGUUUCUGGGCUGUUGACCUGAGGGCACAGAAAAAGGAAUUUACUGACAACAUCUUCUGCAUCCUCAUUCUGCAUCCAGUAGCCCAGAAUGCUUUACCCAUUUGUUUGUUUUGUGUUGCCUUUCCUCUGACAGUUGUGUUAUAAGGAAAAGUAGUAUAUUGCUAACCAUAUAUUGAGUCUUUUUGCAUGUCCAUGAAUGUGGCAAAGUUUAGUGGGAACUAGUUGCCUGCUGGACUGCAGAGGCAUCGUAAAACUGUCUUCCCCAUUCUGACUGGUUGCUGCAUGUACCCAUAUCUAAGGAAGAAAAAUUGAAAAGUUGAAAGAAGAAAGGAGAUUUCAAGGUACAUAUUUUUUUCAAUAACUGAUGAGCUUAUGAAAUGGAAGUGAUUCUUUUAAAAAAUAAGUUCGUACUUUGCACUUACAUGUUUCUGUCACCUGCGUACUUCUUCAUAUCUUUUAAUCAUUAAAUGCAACUUUGCUAUGUUUUUCAUUAAACUAAGAAGAAAAAGAAACAUGUAUUCAUAUAUUAGCAAUUGUUUAUGAAAAAUAUUUAAAUCAUGCUUUUAGAGUAUGCUUUAAUAUUUAAACACUGUUCUUACUGAAAGGGCAAGAAAUGUGUGUGAUACAUAUCAGUACUUAUCAAAAUGACUGGUACGUAUCAGUCUUCACUGAGCAGCUUUCAUCCCUAAAAAACUAGUAGUAUGGAAUUUAUUUGUGAGACAAUAAAUAGUAAAAGUAUCCCUAGAGUUAACUUUCAUGGCUGUCUGAUCUAAAUAUAAAAUUCAUACCCGUUCUCACCUCUUGUUUUGUUCCCUCCC